GAGCGCCAGCACCUCUCCAUUUCCAUCUGUUGACCUCGUCGGCGGAGGGAGGGAGUGAGAGAGAAAGAGACCGACACCGAGAGCGGAGAAGCUUUCACCGACAAACUUGGCCGGAGUGGGCGGCGGAGCUCUGGGAGCCCGGCCGGCGGUGCCGAUGUCCCAUUGACUUGGAUACGAUUGGCGAGAUUUUGCCUUGCGUGAUAAUUGGAGUAUUGCUGACGUUGUAUAUUGGGUGUGAAGAUUCUUGCUGCCCUACCAAAUCUUUUUCCCUAGAAGUUGAUGAUCGUGGGUCGCAGUUUGCUUUGCUGUAAAGUGAGUUGGAUGUUCCCACUCAGAAUUGCUGCAUUUGGUUGCCAAACCUUGGGAUGUGGCUUUGCACCAACUUUACGAGUAAGCUCUGACCCCUCGAGAAGCUCCCACCAUUUCACACCCCAAGCUGAGCAGGUUUCGAAAGACGUUCUUUAAAAUGACCAGUCUCUUCCGACGAAACAGUAGCAAUGGGAACUCCAAGAGUGGAUCAACCGCUGCCCCGUCACAGCUGCUCAACAACAGCAGGCCGCCCCGUCAGGUCCGGAGACUUGAGUUCAACCAGGCCAUGGAGGACUUCAAGGUCAUGUUCCCCAACAUGGACUAUGACGUAAUUGAGUGCGUGUUAAGAGCCAACAAUGGAGCUGUGGAUGCCACCAUCGACCAGCUCUUGCAGAUGAACUUGGACUGUGGUUUUGACAACGGAUAUGAUGAGAGUUCGGAGUCUGAGGACAGUAUCCCCCCAGAGAUCCUGGAGAGGACGCUGGAGCCGGACAGUUCGGAUGAGGAAGCCCCUCCUGUAUAUUCUCCUCCUGCCUACGACAUGCACGUGUUUGACCGACAGUAUCCGCACAUCCCUCCUCUGCCCCCUCGACGGCUUGACAUCCAGAACUCUAGUGGGAGCCAGUCACAGCGACGGUACCGGAACUGGAACCCUCCGUUACUUGGUAACCUACCUGACGACUUUCUGCGAAUUUUACCACAGCAGUUGGAUGUGGUGCAGAAUUCCCAGAAGGCCAAGGCCGGGACGGGCCCGGAGCCACGUGGGUCGGCAGACCAGGAGCGGAAGCUGAAGCAGUACUUGGAGGAUGAGCGCAUUGCGCUCUUCCUGCAGAACGAAGAGUUCAUGAAGGAGCUGCAGAGGAACCGCGACUUCCUGCUGGCACUGGAAAAGGAUCGGCUCAAGUAUGAAUCUAAGAAAUCAAAGUCUACUAGUGCAAUUGAGUCUUUGCCCAGUGAUGGCAUCAAUUUGCCUUCAGCGGUUCCAGCCGAAUCUGGUGCCUCUGGUGUUGCCGAAGCAAGCGGUGUACCACUUGAUGACGCCUUGUUCAGGGACAAAUUAAAGCACAUGGGAAAAUCCACGCGGAAGAAGCUCUUCGAGCUGGCGCGUGCUUUCUCUGAGAAGACGAAGAUGAGGAAGCUGAAGCGAAAGCAUUCCUUAAAACAUCACAUUCUCGGAACAGCAGCCUCAACAGCAAAUCUCUUGGAUGACGUGGAAGGGAAUUCUUGUGAUGAAGAUAUCCAGUUCAGAAAGCAGACUGUGCAGGAGGAAGAUGAAGAAAAUAAGGAGGGAGUGUUAUGAUCCUGACAGCUUUGGAUUGAGGGAGCCAUGACCAGGGCUUACGUGAAAGGACACUCAUUCACAGAUGAAGCUGGUGGCAGUUAACGUACAAACCUUCAUCUGCUUUUUAUCCACUUUCUGCAGUGAUUAAGGCACAAUUAUGUGUGGGUGGGCGGCGGAGUUGGAGAAAUACGGAAAUACCAGUCAUCACCUUUAUAAAUCAAAGAUCUGAGAUGCUUGUCGUUCUUUAACUCUGCAGUCCUCAAAUCCUAGGUGCAUAGAUCUUCUAGAGGGGUUCCCAACCUUUCUUUAUGCCAUGGACCCUUACCAUUAACCGAGGAGUCCGUGGACCCCCAGUUUGGGAACUCUUGUCUAGACCGUGGUGUUCCCUUCAUCUUGACUUACUUGGUAAGAGCACUAGAGAGCUGGGUCUAGUUUUUAACUGUAGCCUUGUGUUCCAAUAUAUUUUGAUAGAAAAGGCCUCCACCAGGCAUUGAACUGUAUUUCAUAUGGACUAAUACAAGAUUCAACAAUGAGUGUUAAUCCUUUAAUUCAGUAAUUAUAAUUGUCAAAUGAUGUCUUGAUGUGCCUAAUGAUGUACUGUAUUAAUUAACAGGUCUUACAAUAGACCCGAACAUAUAAAAUUACGUAAAUGCUUCUGUUGUAAUUACUGGGACUGUUCCUCCAAUUUAUUUUGCAUUAGGAAGUUGUGGAAUUGCAAGGUGGAUUGAAAUGAAGAAGUAGUUGGUGGUGGUAAUGAAUGUUAACAGGUUUGGAACCUGAAGCCUUUACAAAGUGAUGUAAUAGCCCAAUGACAGUGAAUGUGAAUAGGGUGCUAGGCCAGUGCAGUUAUUUGUGAGGGAGCUGCCUUGCCAAGUGCAGAUGUUAAACCAUUUAACUUGAGGGCAGCACCUAUCCACUGAGUUUCAAUAUCCCAUUACCAGCAUCGCAGACACAUGUGCCAUGAUUUGAGUGGCCCAUGCACUCUUGUCUCGGAAUCUAAACUGAUCUGAAAAAUGGUCACAUUGGCAAUGUAUUGUUUAAACCUUCCGCCAUCCAGGUCUGUUAAGGAAAUACAAACAUUAUCCCAACUGUUUUCACCCCCGGCAGUUGCUCUCUCCUGGGUGUUUAUUGACAACUAUUUUGGCUAAAAAUGACAGCUGAAUUUUACUAUUUUCUACACUUAAUUCACUUUGAAGUGUGUAAUAUAUUGGUUGAAGUAAAAUUUUAUUAGCCAUCUGUGCAGACAGGUGCAGUUGGUGUUCCCUCCUUUGUCGAGGAAUUAGUGCAAGAAAGUAAUCCCUCACAGAAAGGGAGAGUGACUAUUCAGCAUGUGUCACCUGGUCACGGAGCAGUCUGCUAAUUAAUGAAUAUCUCCCCAUCUGCACUUGCAUGGUGGGUCGACAUUGACAUGGCCCUUUAACGUUAAAAGGAGGCUCAGUACAACACAAAAUAAAAUUGAAAUGGACGAGUGUAAAUGAAUUUGAUUGCUGCAUAGAAUCACAGUCUGGUGAGGAUUUGGGGAUUGCUGACAAGAUGUUUCACAACCGUAUUUACAGAGGCCCCAGCUAAAAGGGUGAAAGGGAUUUUGGCUGUAGAUUGUAAAGAACAGAAACUUGUAAUGAGAGUGUGAAACUUCCAAGAAGUGAGCUUGUUUUCCCAUUGUAGAUUUAAGUCAUUAGAAUUCACUUUGAGGAAAUGAAGAAAACUCCAACUAUAUUUGCCUUUCCAAGUCUCCUUUAACUGUUGCAUUCCAGGUGCAUGAUAUGGAAGAAGGGGUGUCAGAUUUUUUGCCAUAACAUAAUGACUCGUAUUGUCAAUGGAGCCAUGCACCAUAUCAGAGCAAGGGAGAGGUUUAACCACAACAACACAGGAGAACCCCUCCAUCAAUCAAUUCUCACUAACGCACAUGUCCGGGGCAUCCAGUUCUGAGUGCUAACAGAGGGAAAAAACAUUAAGUGCUGUGUAUUUUUGUCAAGGGGUCCGAGUUUGGUUUCCUGCUCCUUGUGUUUGAUGUUGAUUCUGUCAGUUCCGCAUCAGGAGCACCAGAUUUCCAUUGCCGUCGUCUCCCAAGUGAGCUUGAUAUAUUGUGAGGAGGAAAAUAUUCCCCUGGGCAUGAGAUUACUGAGGCAAGUAUGUUCUUGGUCGUUAUGGGUACUUAAGCCUCUGUGGGAUUUAAACCAUAUCUUGUUUCUAUUUUUUUAAAAAAAUCUUCCCCAUCUCAGUACAGUAUCUUGCAGAUGGUUGGCAGCAGGUUAUAUUGUAGCAAUGAUUACCAUUGCUGUCCAAAACAAAAAGUCGUGGCUGUUGGCUUAAUGUAAGGAAUAGAGUCAGUUCUGUUGCAUCUAAAGUAAUUUCAAAGUAAAUUUAUUAUCAAAGUACGUGUAUGUCACUGUAAACUACCUUGAAAUUUAUUUUCCUGUAGACUUUCAAGAUAGAACAAAGAAACAUAGAAUCAGUGAAAAACUAGGACUGACAAACAACAAAUGUGCAAAAGACAAAUUGUGCAAAUACACAAAAACCAAUAAAUAAUACUGAGAACAUGAGUUGUAGAAUCCUUGACAGUGAGUCCAUAGGUUGUGGAAUCGGUUCAGUGUUGGGGUGAGUGAAGUUAACCACACUGGUUCAGGAGCCUGAUGGUUGUAGCAUAACAACUGCUCCUGAACCUGGUGGGGUGGGGCCUACGACUCCUGCAGCUCCUUCCCGGUGACAGCAGCAAGAAGAGAGCGUGGCCUGGAUGGUAGGGGGGGUCCCUGAUGAUGGAUGCUGCUUUCUUACGGCAGUGCUCCUUGCAGUUCCUGAACCUGGUGGUGUGCAUCACCAUUGUCUCAAAAUCAAGGCAACUUUAACUAUCUGUUGUAUCUAGGCAGUUUUCUUCAGAUGCUUCAGGUACCAAAGUAUCUACGAAACGAAAGGUUUCAGAUGUACCUUAGUGACUGACCAUGGUGCCUGGAGAUAUCUGUGGUCACUAGCAACCUUGCAGGACCGUGAAAUGGAAGGAGCGAAGAUCAAGCUUUUGAAAUAUAAUGGGUGAAUUCAGUGACUCAGGAAUAGAAAUUCAUGGUAUUGGGCUCAUUCGAUACACAAGUGUGAUUGGCUCAACUUCUGAAUGCAAGAUGCUCAAAACUUCAGUACAGGCAGAGAAGAGAGUGAGGGACCAGGUGUGCCCACUUGUUACCCAGGGCACAGUCAGCAAGACAGAGCAGUGACAAGUCUGAGAAAUUAUAGAAGUGAAGAGGUUUCUGGCACAAAAGUCAGCUGUUGGGUCAGUCAUACCCAUCCUGAUAUUCCCUCCAUCCUGAUUUCAGACGAGCUCCAGAUCCCUGCCCCUUUGGUGAGUGAAAUAAUUUUUCCCAACUUCCUCUUUUUUUUUUGAUCCAGUCCCUCAACUCAUUACUCCCUAGAUGGUGUUCAGGGAAGUAUCUUCUUCCUGCUUGGUUCCUUAAAUUUACACAUCACAAUUAAAUCCGUCUGCCACCCGUGCUCCAAGGAAGCAACCCCAGCCUGGAUAAUGUCUUCCCACAAUUAUUGUAGUCUUGGCAACAAUUCCUGUAGAUUGACUGCACUCUCUUUAGUGCUGUCACAUCCUUCCUGUACUGUGGCGCCCAGAACUAUAGACAGUGCCUCUGUCACAUCUGCCUUGUGGAAUCAAACAAAUCAUGCAAGCAAAUAGCGUUCUGAACAGAAGUCCACAAAGAGAAUCUGUCCACAGAUCCUCAGUUCAGUGCAGAGCCAAGUGAACGAGCUGAACUGGCCUGUCCUUUGGCUCAGGUCUCAACACCCCGGUCCAGUGCCUGAAACGUCGUCCCAACAUAGGGUCCAGUUGCUUCGAUGCGUUCUGGGGCCUGGACCCCGCCACCUGGAUUUGAUCCAAUUCAGUCUCAGUUCUGCCGCAUCAAAUUACCUCCAAGUCCACUCCUUGUGUUAAAGAAAAUGCCCCGCGCCCUUCCUUUGAGUUCUCCCCCUCUCACCUAAAAUGCAUGCCCUUAGGUAUUUGACAUUUCAGCCAUGUGGUUGGGACUGAUACAGGCUGUCUACUCUGUCUCUUUAUUAUUUUUAGAAACUUCUCCAAACUUCAUUCUUCACUCAACAUUGAAGCAGCUGCUCCUCCUCAAUCUCAUUGAAAUAACUGCAUCACAUUUUCAAAGCCCUGUAGUUUAGCAUCAAAAUAAACACAGAAAGAGCAAGCUAUGCUAGCCACGUUAGGUAGCACUGGUAACACACUCCAGAUCAGGCAUCUUUCACCAGAGCUUCUAGUGUUUGAAACAUUUUCCGAUUUCAAACUUCCAGCAUCUGUACUGUUUUGCUUUGAGUUUAGUUUCGCCUGUGACCCUUCCCACUGUUGCACAUUCCCCAGAUUAAAUGGUUUAAAGCUGUUCUGCCACAUGCAGUGUACUUACUUCAGAGAAAUGUUAGCAACACACGUCAAAGUUGCUGGUGAACG